CCACAAGACGCGAUCGUCAGCCGCACUUUGAACGUAGACGCUUUGGAGCUACUUAAACGUAGAACUUGGGGAAUACCCCUUCUCUACUCUUCGAUGUCCAUGCUACCUAAUCCUCUAAUGGAGGACGCUAGUAUGCCACCAUCAGAUGUAUAUAAGACAGCAGGACCUCUGUUGGUCGGCUCCUUCCUCAACUUCAUGUUAUAUGGCGUUCUUUGUAAUCAAGUCUACAUAUACUACAUCUCCUUUCCAAAGGACCGUCUCAUGUCGAAGAGCAUUGUACGUGUUCUUUGGCUCACCGAGACAGUCCAGACUAUUAUCAACAUCACUGGCAUUUUCGACACCUUUUGUUACAAAUUUGGGAACCUUUCUGCACUCAAUGACAUCGGCCUCUCAUGGUUCGGCGUUCCCAUCCUCUCUGGGUUUGUUGGCUGUGUCUGUCAACUAUUUUAUGCCUGGAGAAUGUAUAAUUUCAGUAAGAAGGCACAAUGGUUAAGUAUUACACUUUCAAUGAUCGCUUGUAUGCAAUUUUCGGGUGCGAUUAUUUCCGGUGUCGGAGCACGCAGAUAUGACCACUCCCUUGAACUUCAGACCGAUUUAAAGGUCAAGGUGGCUACAGCGAUAUGGCUGGGUGGGAGCGCUUUGUGUGAUGUUGCCAUUGCCUUAUGCAUGACCUACAUUUUAAGUCGAGCUAAUACCGGUCUCAAAUCCACCCGGAUACUUAUUUCCAGACUUAUACGUCUGAGCAUCGAAACUGGAAGUAUAACAGCUACGCUUGCUGUCGUUUGCAUCGCACUCUUUCUUGCUUACCCCAAUGACAACUACUACACUUCCCCGGCGGUCUGCUUGGUAAAGGUGUAUUCGAAUACCGUCCUUGCUGUCUGUAAUAGCCGUAUGACAAGGAGGAUACGCGGAGGGAGGGAAGACGUCACUCUUCAUACCUACGAGUUCGAUUUGUUCGAUCUGUCGAAUGGUGAGUUGGAUGUUGAGCUUCAAAACGUACAGACCAACAUGAAUGCGGAAUCUCCUCUGCCGUUGGAGUGUCCUCAAGGAAGCGAAGGCAACAGGAAGAUUCCCUACGGGAGUUUUUCGGAUGCCAAAGACGUGCUCGGCACAAAGCCAACAUAGAUUUGGCUUUCCGUAGCCUUGAAUAGUACUCGCGCGGAAGAUUUUAUGUACACUGGCAAUUAUAAUUAAUAUAAAU